AAAACAUGUAAAAUUCGAAGAAAGUAUAUGCAUAAUAUUUUAAAUCUAUUUUCUAUUCUUGUAUUGAUGAUUUUUGCAUUGAAGAUGAUAGUAUAAAUCGUUUCUGCCUCUUUUCAUUAUUAUUAUUACCUUUGAUUUUUGAAUUUCAUAGAAAGAGAGUUUAGUUUGUUAGAGAGGUUUUACAGUAACUAAGUUGUAAAUUUGAGCUAAUUCAUUGUUGUUAAUUGAUAAUAAUCCCUUUUAGAGAGUUUUAGGUCAAAAUUAAUUAGAAGAUUUGAUGGAAAGUGAAAAGAUUGAAGUAAUUAGUGCGGAAGAGGAUAAACACGGAGGAGUUAUUCUGACCGUUAACAAGUCUAUGGAUUCUCUUUUCUUUGCUUCUAAAUUGAAAGCUUCAAUGUCUCAUUGGAAGCAACAGGGAAAGAAGGGAAUGUGGAUCAAUUUGCCCAUACAACAUUCAAAUCUUGUUGAUUCUGCUGUCAAGGCUGGAUUUAGGUAUCACCAUGCUGAGCCAGAUUACUUGAUGCUUGUAUAUUGGAUCCCUGAUACCCCUGAUACCCUUCCUGCAAAUGCUUCACAUCGUGUGGGCGUUGGUGCUUUCGUUAUCAACAGCAAGAGGGAGGUGCUUGUGGUUCAGGAAAGCGAUGGUAGAUUUGGAGGCACAGGCGUAUGGAAGAUGCCUACAGGAGCUGUUGAUGAAGGUGAGGAUAUCUGCAAUGCUAUAGUUAGAGAAGUGAAGGAAGAGACAGGGAUAGAGACCGAGUUUGUUGAAGUUUUAGCAUUCAGGCAAAGCCAUGAAUCUUUCUUCCAGAAAUCAGAUUUGUUCUUUGUUUGUAUGUUGCAACCUCGAUCCUUUGACAUUCAGAGUCAGGCCUCAGAAAUUGAAGCAGCUAAGUGGAUGCCAGUUGAAGAUUAUGCAGCCCAACCUUUUGUGCAAGAAAAUGAGCUCUUUGAUUUUAUAGCGAAAAUAUGCUUAACAAAGUUGGAUGGCAACUACACUGGUUUUUCUAGCAUAUGUACCAGUACAUCUUCUGGCAAAAGAACAUAUCUGUAUUUUAACAACGAUACUAUUGCUAGCCACUUGUUAGCUUCCAAACAUGAGUAAGUUUAACAUCAGCCUUGUUUUGUUAGGCUCCAUGACUAUUUGUAUAAAGUCUUCAUUAUGGCGUACUAUAUUAUAUGAUUCAUUUUACUGUUAGUUCACUUCUUAAGUAACACCUUUAUCCUUA